UUCUACUUGUAUUUCUGUCAAAUAUUCCUUAAAAUGUCUUCCAGAUUUGGCAAACAAAACGAUACAAAAUUGGAUUUGGAAGGGGAAGAGCUUCAUUUCAACGAUAGAUUGAGACAUUCAAACAAUGCAUUAGACGAACUUUUGGCACAAGGAGAAUAUACUUUACAAAAUUUGAAAGAACAGCAUCACGAACUUAAAGGAGUUAAGAGGAAAAUUUUGGACGUUGGACAAUUGUUUGGUCUUUCAAACACAACUUUGCGAAUGAUAGAAAAAAGGUUAGAAGAGGAUUGGCUACUUUUUUUGAUUUUAUGUGUUCUUUUUAUAAUUUUUAUGUAUUGCUUCUAUCGGUAUUGGAAAGGCUAA